AUGCCCUCCAUAACCCGCAUCCUGCGAGGUCUCCUCAGGCCAACCAGGUUCCGACUCUCCGCCAUCAAACCAACCGGCCCCCAUCCACCCCCACCCCCACCACCAUCAGGACGACCACCACCUUCAUCCCCCACCACGACCACCCCGCCAAACCCCAGCAACAGCAGCAGCAACAACCACAACCCCAACCCCAACCACCACCUCCCCUCCUGGCUCGGGCACCCCACCCGCGUGAUCCUCACCACCCUCAAAUUCGUCGCCUUCACGCACCUAAUCUGGGAGUACGUGAUCUCGAUGGCGCCCGCAUCGGGCCCAUCGAUGCUGCCGACGUUCGAGGUGCUGGGGGAGUGGCUGGUGGUGUCCAAGGUGCACCGGUUCGGGCGCGGGGUGGCGGUGGGCGACGUGGUGGCCUACAACAUCCCCAUCAACGAGGAGGUCGGGGUGAAGCGCGUGCUGGGCUUGCCGGGGGAUUACGUGUUGAUGGAUACGCCGGCGGAUGAGGGGGGUAGUGGUGGUGGUGCGGGGAGUGGGGGUGGGAGUAUGAUUCAGCACCUCGAAAUGGACAAUCUACAACUAGCCGAGCCUAGCAUAACAGUUCAAGCCGGCCGUGUUGGUAAUGGGUAA